AUGACUUACUGGCCGAAACUGAAGGAGGCAGAUGCUCUUUGGCCUAGUGAUCACUUUCCAUUUGAAGUGGAUAGGAUACCACAUAAAUGGAAGGUUGUUAAUAAGUUUGAGUUCUCGAGCCAAGAUGAAGAUGUAUUUCGUGUAGCCAAAGAAGAAGCAAGGAAGUACCCUGGCUGGUUGAUUGCCCAGAACAAGUUAGCCGGCAAGGACACAAGGACACUAGCAAUGCAACUCUGGGAAAAGUCUAAGUUAAUUGUUGGGAGCGGAUUAAUGCUUUGGGUGGCCAUCCCAUCGGGUUUCUACUUUAGAUGGAAGAAAUGAAAUGGGAAAAAUUCUGUUGGAUAACCUUUGUUGGAUAACCUUUGUGACGAUGUAAUUUACAUGGAUGGAAAUUGUGCAUGAUCAAUCUUAUUUAGUGACUUCUAUCCUUGGCAUGGCAUGUAAUUUUCGUAACAAGAUUCUGGUAUUCAAGGUAGAUUGUCAGGUGUCAGUCA